AUGAGUCUUGAAGAUGAUGAUGACCUUGUGACCCUUGGCCGAGGUGAGCGAUCACCGCUUAUCCGAAUCUUCAUCUCACAACCUCAGCCAGUCCUAUCCCUACUGAUCGCCAUGAAAACAACGCUAAUUAUAAUCGCUAGUGCUUUGUUACCGUUCUCUAUGCAAGAUAUUAUCGGAGUCCCCACCAUCAGAUGCUCCCCGGAAGGAGUCCACGCCUACGUUAAUCUAUCAGACGCUUUUACUGGACAUAUCUACCUGAAAGGUUUCUAUGGACGCGAAGGAUGCCAUCGUGAUUUCCGGAAAAAGCCGAUGUCAGGUGUACAAUCAGAUGCGAACUCGUACGCGGCAGAGGCCGAAUUCAGAUUUGACGAGUGCCCCAUGAGAAGGAAAAGACAGAUCAAUCCACGCGGCUUGAUCAUGUCUGGAAUAAUGGUUGUGGCUCAUCAUAGCACUCUGCUCACCUAUAGAGACCGAGCUUAUCGAGUUGAAUGUUAUUACAGAGAGCAAAACAACGUUGUGCAAACGGAAAUGAAAGUCAAUUCACAAACACCAGCUCCACUGCCAUCAGACCCCAUAGCACUUCCAUCGUGCCAGUACAAGGUGGAGACGUCUGGUAACUCAACAUCCGGCUCUUCAUCGCCAGCGUUUGUCACCAUCGGGGAUUCCGUGGUCCAUGUUUGGACCUGCGGGGAUCCAAUACAUGCAAAACUAUAUUGCAUGCAGGUGCAUUCCUGCGUAGCUGACGAUGGUGGAGAAGAGAAGUUUACCGUAGUGGACGCUGAAGGAUGCUCCACGGAUUCAGAACUACUAAGCCCGCUCACUUACCCAUCUCCCCUUAGAGCAUUUGCUCGAUCACGGGUUUUCAAAUUUGCUGAAAAAAGUGAUAUCAACUUUGCUUGUCAAAUACGGCUGAUGAUGAAGCAAGACAUAGCGAAUGGCACUUGUCCGGUCACAAACUGUUCUUCACGUCCAAAGCGUUCCGUCAUCAUAAAUCCAGCGCCAGAGAAUUCCGUGUUUGAUGUCGUAGCAGCACCCAUGACCGUGUUAGAAAGAAAGCGAGAACGGUCAGAAGAAAGAAAGGAGAUGAUUUGCCCUUGGAUAACGGCUCCACUGGUGAUCAUGCUUUCUUCAUUUGUUUGCUAUAUUAUUUUUAGUUUGUGUUAUAUGUGUAGUAAGCGUACAGCUACAUACAGUUUAGGAUAA